AUGUGCAACGCUACACUAGUGGAGGAUGAUAGAAAUACCAAUCUACGCAACACCCCACACGACCAGGAAUCUGAGGAACAAGGAGAAGAUCGAGAACACAUACCCGAUAUCGAGUCUCUUUCUACUUUUAUUACUCCUAUCAAAUAUCAAAAGCUUUGUAGACGUAGUGAAGUCGUGAAGUCGCAAUUAAAAUCCUUCUAUCCGUUUGAUCGAGAAGAAUUCACUCGAAAUGGCUCCUCCCGUAUCCACGGCCAAACUCACCGCCCCGGAGACCACCCCCAUCGCAUUACCGACCAGCUUGGUCCCGAAACCGCUUUGGGUGCGAUCCCUGCCGCACUGGUCCUCUCCGAGUUUUCUAAUGACGGGUCCCCUACUAUGAAUAUGACGAUCCGCUUCAUCGAGCAGAUUCAGCAGAUGCAGCGCCAGCUGUAG